UGAGGCGGCGGCAGGGCCCGAGGAAGAGCAGCACGCAGGCGGCGGCCGCAGGGGCUCCAGCAGCAUGUCUGUCUGCAGAAAGGACUGGUCAGCACUGUCCAGCCUGGCCAGGCAGAGAACUCUAGAAGACGAGGAGGAGCAGGAGCGGGAGCGCAGGCGGCGCCAUCGCAAUCUGAGCAGCACCACCACCACCACCGAUGACGAUGAGGCUCCCCGGCUCACCCAGAACGGAGACCAGCCCCCUGCGGAGAGGUGCUUUGAUCGGGUUGGACUGCUGAGCGUGGAGGAAGCAGAGGCCCCGACGCCAUCCCCCGAAGCCUCCAGAGAUGAUGAUGAGGACUUCCAGGCCAUCCUUAGGACGAGGCAGGAGCGGCAGCAGAGGCGGCAGGUCGUAGAGGCUGCCCAGGCUCCCAUUCGGGAGAAGCUGAAGGCAGAGGACAGCAGGGACAGCCCAGGCCCUGGGCAGGCCAAGCCGCAACCUCCAAUGCCCAAGAAGGAAUUGGACACCCCGCCUCGCCGGAGACUGAGCCGGGAGCAGCGAGGCCCCUGGGCCAGGGAAGAGGAGAGCUUGGUGGGCAGAGAGCCAGGACAGGGGAAGGAAGGGGUCCCAGAGAAGGCCCUGGAUCCAGAGAAGACCCCAGUCUCAGAGAAAACCUCCAUUCCAGAGAAGAUGUUAGCAUUCGAGAAGAGAUCAGUCUCAGAGAAAAGAUCCAUCUCUGAGACAGUUCCCACCUCUGAGAAAACACUCGUGUCAGAAAAGACAGCGGUCUCAGAGAAAAGAUCCACCUCAGAAAGGAGACUGGUUCCAGAAACCACAAGUGUCUUAGGGAAGACACCAGCUCUGGAGAAGACGCUAGCCCCAGAGAAAUCCUCAGUGUCAGAGAAGAUAGUGGUCUCAGAGAAAAGAUCCAUCUCAGAGAAGAAAUCGGUUCCAGAAAAAACAAGCAUCUCGGAGUUGGCCCCAGAGAAAUCUUCAAGCUCGGAAAGGAGACUGGUGCCUGAGAAAGCAUCCAUCUUUGAGAAGAUGCUGGUUGCAGAGAAGACCCUGACCACAGAGACCAAGCAGACCCACAAGAGGGCAGCAGCCUCUGAGCAGCCCCAGGCCCAGGAGCAGCUGACUCCUGGGGCGACCCAACCCACCACCAAGGAGCAAAGAAGAAGGGCCCUCCUUGAGAAGAGUCCCCCUCCCUCUGCCGAGCCAAGAGAGCAGGGGGAGCCAGACUCUCCAACUGUGGCUUCCCGCCUCCCACCCUUCAUACUCCAGGUGAAAAUCCCCAGCAAGGAGGAAGAAGCAGACAUAACGUCACCUACCCAGGUCACCUACAGCAGCUCCCUCAAACGCUCCAGCCCCAGGACCAUCUCCUUUCGGAUGAGCCCCAGGAAGGACAACUCAGAAACGACCUUUACCCGCAGUGCCAGCAUGCGGCUCCCAGCCAGCACAGUCAAGUUAGGAGAGAAGCUGGAGAGAUACCACACAGCGAUUCAGAGAUCAGAAUCAGUCAAGUCUCCAGGCUCUUCCCGCACAGAGUUCUUUGUGGCUCCUGUGGGUGUAGCCAGCAAACGCCACCUCUUUGAGAAGGAGCUGGCUAGCCAGAGUCGAGUUGAACCAGCCUCUAGCUGGAAGGAGAACUUGAAGCUUUCAGGGGUUGUGACAUCAAGGCUCAACCUGUGGGUCAGCAGGACCCAGGAGUCCGGAGAGCAGGAUGCUGAGGAGGUGCAGAAAGAGUCGGCAGCCACCAAGAAGACCCAGUGGAAAAAGAAAUUAGACACCUCCCUGGAUGCUGAGAAGGAGAGCGAGACCAUGUCUGACGCAGAAGACGCCGUGGAAGAGUACGAAGAGGAGCAGGAAGAGCAGGAGGAGGCAGUGGAAGAAGAGGCUGAAGGGGAAGCUGAGGCUGAGGAGGCUGAGAUUGAGGAGAUUAGGGCAAAAGAAGAUGAACAAGAAGAUGAGGCUAAAGAGGCUGAAGAUGGCCAGGUGGAGGAGUCCAAACCCAAGCCCAGGUGA